AUGAAAUUUCUUAAUCUGCUUUCCGUUUCACUUUUGCCCCUAAUUCAAGCGAUUCCAAUCGACCCACAAGCUGCUCAGAACUCUACCAGUGAUGAUGUAGCCACAACUCCACGACUCGCUGUGUACGUUCAAACUUACCACGAGGAAUACAACAAAGACAGGAAUCUAUCUCUCUUACCUCUAUUGGGUGAAGAUAUCCUACCAACCCACGUCAUCCUCGCUGCCUUGCAUGUCAUGAGCACACCAGGGGUUAUUCAUUUGAAUGACGAUCCUCCUGAUGCUCCAAUGUACGAUGAGUUAUGGGAUCAGGUAAAGGCUCUUCAGACAGCAGGGAUAAGAGUAUCAUGUAUGAUGGGUGGCGCUGCUCCGGGAACUUGGAAUUAUUUUACUGGAGAUGACGAUGAUUUUCACCAAUACUACGACCCUCUCCUCAAUAAUUUCAUCAGGAAAUACAAUCUCAAUGGUAUAGACAUUGACGUUGAGCAAUUCGUGGAUAUCACUGUUGCUCUUCGUCUAAUCAAACAGCUUUACACCGACAUGGGUCCCGAAUUUGACAUAACUAUGUCACCAGUAGCUUCAGCUCUAUCUCACGGCGGAAGUCUCUCGGGAUUUUCUUAUUCUGAUCUCGACGCCCAAGCACGAGAUCCAGAUACCGGCACACCGAUGAUAUCGUUUUACAAUGCUCAAUUCACCAAUGGCUGGGGAUCCACAGGAAACACAAAUGAUUAUGACGCUAUUGUCAGCGCUGGCUGGGAUCCCUCAAGAGUAGUAAUGCUAGCUUCGGCUGCAAGAAAUGAUGCGAGUGGAUGGGUCCCGAUCAGUACGCUUAAGAACACGAUCAAAAGUUUGAGAAACAAAUAUCCCAAUUUUGGAGGUGUUAAUGGAUGGGAGUACUUUGAUGCGGGUAGUAGUGAUGGACUAUCUCAGCCACAUAUGUGGAUGGCGAAUCUGAGAGAGGCACUGAAUGUUUAUUGAGUUUAAUUUUAAUUUUAGGAGAGAGUGUAUUAGAGUAUAUAAGGUUAAAACAUACGGAUACUUUGUUUGAAAUUAUGAAUAAUUUUUCCAUUGAAAGA